CCUUAAAUUUAAAUAUUGAUAUAUUGAAUUUGCAUAAUUCAACUAUUAAAAAGUCUCAAAAUUUAGCUAUUGAAGAGUCUUACAAUUUAGCUAUUGAAAAGUUUUAUAGCUUAGCUAUUAAAGAGUCUUCUAAUUCAGUUAUUAAAGAGUCUUCUGAUUUUGCUAUUAAUAAAUUACAAGAUUUAAUCGAAGUACUAUACUUACAAGAUUUUCAAAAAG